AGUCCCGCACAGCUGCUCCGCGAAGUCGCAGCUGCGCUCAUCGCCCAAUCCAAGGUGAACCCUCUCUCUCUCUCACACAUACGCGCGCGCGCACACACACACCGCCGCCGGAUCUUUGCUGCGGGGGCAGACUGAAGGCGCACAGCCGGAGACGCAAUGUUGGUGAAGCUGACCGCGGCGCUGCUGGUUCUGUCAGUGCUGGAGCGGGUCGGGGGGUCGGAUAACACGGAUUUUCUCGAUCUGCCCCCGGAGAAGCCCGCGAGCCACAAAGGACGGCUGUCUCUGCAGAACACAGCUGAGAUCCAGCACUGCUUGGCAAGUGCUGGGGAUGUCGGCUGUGGUGUGUUCGAGUGCUUUGAGAAUAACUCCUGCGAGAUACGAGGGCUGCAGGAAAUCUGCCUGACGUUCCUGCACAACGCUGGCAAGUUCGACUCUCAGGGGAAGUCCUUCAUCAAGGAUGCCCUGAAGUGUAUGGCGCACGGUCUACGGCACAAGUUCAGCUGCAUCAGCAGGAAGUGUGUGUCCAUUAAGGAGAUGGUGUUCCAGCUGCAGAGAGAAUGCUACAUGAAGCACAACCUGUGCUCUGCUGCUAAGGAGAAUGUGGCCGUCAUGGUGGAGAUGAUCCAUUUCCAGGAUCUCUUCCCUAAAGGUCCUUAUGUGGAGCUGGUGAAUAUUCUCCUCAGCUGUGGAGAGGAAGUGAAAGAGGCGCUGACCCGGAGCGUGAGGCUACAGUGUGAGCAGAACUGGGGGGCGCUUUGCGACAGCCUGAGCCUCUGCUCCUCCCUCGUCCCAUCUCCCGCCAGCUCCGCCAUCGAGCACCACCGUCACGCCUCGUCUUCCCGCCCCGAGCUGGAUCACCCUCGCCCCCCACGGCAAGGCGACAAGGACAAAGCUGGUAAGGUGGGUUUUAACGUUCACCCACGCAAUCGCAGCCAGGGACCUCGCCGCCACAACUUAGAAACCGGAGGGGUGACUGAGCAAGAAGACCCCAAGGCCACAGACAUCCGGAGGUGAAGGCUCAAGGGACCUUUGACCCCCUACUCCCCCAUCAAACAUUUAAAAUCCACCUUUGCAGAUUUAUACACACACACACACACUUGUACUCAAAGUCCUUGACAGACUGAACAGAAGGAAACAAACCCCGACUUUUCCUGUCUUCCUCCUCCUCUCCAGUCAUU